GGGUACGCCCACCCCCGCGUCCCCGGGGUGGGGACGAAUCCCGGUGGUCUCGCGAAUCCCGUGUGCCGAAGGGGUUAAAGCUCCGGUCCCUCCCCGCGUUUCUCCUCCCCCGGCUCUGGGGUAAAGCCGAGAACCGCACCGGGAAGGCGCCGGGAACCCGCCCGGCCGCUCCGCGACCCGUCGGGCCGGUCCUGCCGGGGCCGCCGCCGCCCUGCCCCGAGCGCGGCCUUCGGCCUCGUCCUCCUCAGCCUCUCCAGCCUGCUCCAGCCGUCCUCAUCCUCCCGAGCCUCUUCAGCCUCUCUCAGCCGACCUCCUUCAGUCAUCCUCGGCAGCUGGGGACGUUCUCCAGCCCUCUUCCAAACCUGCGCCAAUAUCCUCAUCCUCCUCCUAACCUCCUCCGUCCUUCCUGCAGCCUCCUCAUCCCACUCAGCCUUCUCCAACACUCUUCCAACCCUCCCUGACCUUCUUCAUCAACUUUCCAACCUCUUUCCAAACUCCCUCCUAUCUCCUUUCCCAACUUCCAACCUCCUCCCAGUCUUCUGCAGCUUCCUCAUCCUCCAGCCGACCUCCUUGUUCCCACCUCCCAAACGCUUCCCAGGCUCUCUCCAGCCUCUUUUCCCCACUUUUCGCUCCCAGAUGUCGGUCUCCAUCCCCCGGCAGCCGCUGCGGAGCAGCUCGGCCGCUCCGGGCCGUUCCUUCUCGUCGCGCUCCUUCACGGCCGGUCCGGUGCUCGGUCCUUACGGGGGGCUCCGUGGCGGCUCCGGGGGUCUGGGGGGACCCUCGUGGGUCCCGGGGGCUGGCGGGGGCAUCACGGCCGUCACCAUCAACCGGAGUCUCCUGGCGCCGCUGGACGUGGCCGUGGAUCCCGAGCUGCAGGAGCUGCGCCGAGAGGAGAAGGAGCAGAUCAAGACCCUCAACGAUAAAUUCGCCGCCUUCAUCGACAAGGUGCGGUUCCUGGAGCAGCAGAACAAACUCCUGGAGACCAAGUGGGGGCUCCUGCGGGCGCAGCCCCCUCCCCGCAGCGCCCUGGGGGGGCUCCUCGAGGGCUACGCAGGGACCCUGCGGCGGCAGCUGGAGGGACUCGGGCAGGAGCGGCAGCGGCUGCGCGCAGAGCUCAGCCACGUCCGCGGGCUCGUUGAGGAGUUCAAGGCCAAGUAUGAGGAGGAGAUCAACCACCGCACAGAGAAGGAGAACGAGUUUGUCCUGCUCAAAAAGGAUGUGGACGAAGCCUACAUGUCCAAGGUGGAGCUGGAAUCACGCCUGGAGAGCCUCACGGACGAGAUAAACUUCCUGCGGCAGCUCUAUGAGGAGGAGCUGCAGGAGCUGCGGGCGCAGGUGUCGGACACGGCCGUGGUGGUGUCCAUGGACAACAGCCGCCAGCUGGACAUGGCCGGUGUGCUGGCAGAGGUGCGGGCGCAGUACGAGGACAUCGCUGGCCGCAGCCGUGCUGAGGCUGAGGGCCUCUACCAGGUCAAGUAUGAAGAGCUGAAGACGGCGGCUGGGAAGCAGGGAGACGACCUGCGCCAGACCCGGAGCCAGAUCCAGGAGCUGAACCGGCGAAUCCAGAGGAUUCAGGCAGAGAUUGAGGCUCUGAAAAAUCAGCGCUCUGGGCUGGAGGCGGCCGUGGCCGAGGCUGAGGAGCGCGGGGAGCUGGCGCUGAGGGACGCCCGGGCCAAGCUGGCAGGGCUGGAGGGGGCCCUGGCCCAGGCCAAGCAGGACCUGGCCCGGCAGCUCCGGGAGUACCAGGAGCUCAUGAACGUCAAGCUGGCCCUGGACAUCGAGAUCGCGACCUACAGGAAGCUGCUGGAGGGCGAGGAGAGCAGGCUCGAGGCUGCUGUGCAGAACCUGAGCAUCCACACCAAGACUUCGGGAUACCUGGGUGGAUUCGGGGGAGGUUUUGGGGGGGGAUUUGGGGGGCCAUUUGGGAGCACCAUGGUCAGCUCAGGCUACUCGGUGCCACCCCCACCCCCCGAGAGCACGGCCCCCCUCAAAUCCCGUGCCAUCGUCAUCAAGAAGAUCGAGACCCGUGAUGGGAAACUUGUGUCCGAGUCCUCUGACGUCCUGGAAAGCUGAACCUCCUUUCCUGAGGGACCCCCAUUCCUUGGCUCGGCCAGCUGAGCUGAGCCCCCUCUUUCCUGAGGAGACCUUAAAUCCUGACCUGCUGAGCCCCCCCUGGGCCCCGCUUUCUGGGGUGUCCCCCAUGUCCACACAAACUGAACCCCCCCUUUCCCAGGGGGCUCUUCCUUGCUCCCUGCCUUCCCAGGGUGUCCCCCUAAGUCCUGACCAGGCGAACCCCCUUUCCUGAGAGGGGUUCCCCAUGUCCAGCCCAGCUGAGCCCUCCCCCUUUCCUGGGGGUCACUCUGUGUCUUGGGGGGGGUCCCUCGUGUCCAGCCCAACUGAGCCCCCCCUGAGCCUCCCCUUCUCAGAGUGUCCCCCCAUAUCCUCCCAAGCUGAACCCCCUCUUCUGAGGUGGGAGGGAUGGUCCCCCAUGCCCUGACAUUCUGAGCCCCCCCCAAGUCCCCUCUUUCCCUCCUGGGGGGAUUCCCCCAACUCCAGGCCAGCUGAGCUCCCCGAGUCCCCUUUCCUGGGAGUCCUGUCCAUGUCCUGGGGGGAUCUUUUGGGAGGGGGGUCCCCCAUGUCCUGGCCUGCUGAGCCCCCCCUCCCUUGGUGGGUCCCCCCUCCAUCCUGGCCCCAUUCCCUGGUGGUCCCCAGCUCCUGACAGGACACCAGGCACCCUCUGCUGCCACCCUGAGCCAGUGCCGGUCUCCCCUGGGGGGCUCCAGCCCCCCCACUGUCCCCUCUCGGACUGGGGGUGGGAACUGGGGGGUCUGGGCCUCCCCGGGUGUUCGCUUGCUGCUGGAAUAAAACCUUGGCAAUU